AGUGCGCUGUCGUGGUUUAAACCAGUCGUUAGUUUCGACUAUAGGGGCGCAACUGAGUUUCUGCCAAGUCAGUCGGGUCUCGACAUUGUAGCAAACUUUCUCGGUCUGUCAGAAGACAUGUCCAAUAACAGCGCAAGCGGUUUGGUGAGCCUGCAGAAAAGCGUCAAGCAGCUGCGAAAUGAAGCAGGAAUCCGCAGAAUUAAGGUUUCUCAAGCUGCGGCAGAUCUGAAGACAUUCUGCUUGCAAAACGCCCAUAAGGACCCUCUCCUCAUGGGGGUGCCAUCAAGCGACAACCCCUUUCGACCACCCAAAUCAUGUGCGCUCUUCUGAGGAGUCGUGAAGAAUUUGGAGAAACUUCUGAACGUUCCUCAUUUACACAAAUGUUUUCACUACACAACCCUCAGAUCCCCUUUACAUUACAGCAGAGCUGGAUCAUCACUACUAUUACACUAAAUUUUUUCAUUUGGAAGCUGUAUUGUGACUUGAAGUCUUUCUCGUUCAGCGGUGUGAGUUACGAAGAAAACCUCUGAAAAGUGUUUAAUUUGUAUACUGUUAAAUAAGGGCACGGUAGUGCAAAAAUGUUACACUAGUAGGAGGAAAUUAAAGUGUUCAUUUGCUCAAACGGUCCAUUGGAAAAGUGAUGGCAAAUAUGCAAAAAUAUUCUUUUUUCUUUUUUAUUGUGUAGCUAAGUUUGAACACCAGCCUACGAGAAAGAUUGCAAAAUGCUUUCUUGUUGUAACAUGUUCAGUUUAGGAUGAAACACUGAUUUUCUUUGUUUAUUAAUACAGUUAGGCUUAUAUACAUGGACUGUUGUUGCCAUGAAACUCAUGUAUUUAAGGUAUUUGAUUGUAUUAACCACAAAGCUCUGUUGAAGGAGAGAGAUGUCUUGAAUCUCAGGUUCUUUUUGAUAAAGACUGAUGCCGUGUUUCUGAUAUAAAUUCACUUUUCUAAAUACUGAAUGAGGUACUACUUUUUAUUCUAAUGUAUUUUCUCCAAUGUAGUGGGUAAAGGUUUUGGCAUCAUUUUGACAUUUCUUAACUGUUGUGCAUAGGGUUUAACACAAGACACAAGUGCAGAAUUAUAUGUGUUUUUAGUGAUAUUUGCUGGUGAAAGGGUGCUGCCUGCCUGUUGCGCUUUUACUCUAAGAAUUUGAACACCAAAUGACUUUAGGAGCGUAUCGGAUGGCCCGUUUUUGCAUAUUUUCUGCCCUUGCAUGUUUAUUUAUCUCAUUUUAUAUCUGUACUGUAUCUUUAUCGGUCAACAACUGGACAUUUAUCCAAAUGUAAUUUUUACUGCUGUCCUGCAUUGUUAACAUCUCAGUCUGUUUACCUCAUGUAUGUCUUGCGUUCUAGGUGAUCGUGGCUACAAGAGCAACAUCUGAUUUGUUUGCGGCAAGAUAUAUACCUUUCCUUACAAAACUGAAUCAAGAUGUUGUUGAAAAAUAAAUUAAAAUGACUGAGAUUGAUAAGAUUCUUA